AUGAAGGCCUCUUUACUGCGACCAUCGAGUCGCUGGAUCCAGUCGCUCUCCAUCCCAUCACCAUCCCUUCGACCAGCUACUACCCUACCAACAGCAACGAUAUCACGAUCCAGAGCUCUACCAACAUCCCGAGUACCAAGGACCGUCACAUCAUCACUCAACACAGCACGAUCAUUCGGUCUCCCUUCACUCUCCUCCUUCCUCCCAUCUGGAAACAACGGCUCCUCGGAACGCACUCUAACCGCCACACGAACCCUACCGUAUGCGCCCACGGGCCUAUACCAAGUUAUCUCCUCCGUGGAAUCCUACUCGCAAUUCCUUCCAUUUCUAACCGCCUCUACCGUGACGCAUCGCGACCCUUCCACCGGGGAACCCACACGCGCCUUCCUGACGGUCGGGUACGGCCCGCUCAGCGAGACCUUCACGUCGCGUGUGGACUGUGAUCGGAGUCGGUGGAUCGUGGAGGCGCGCAGCGGUGCUAAGUUCGGUGUGGAUUCUAAAGAUGGUCAGGGGGAGCAACAGCCACAACAGGGGAGUAUCUUCCCCGGUGCGAAUGAGGGGAUCUUCGAGUACUUGAGUACGAGGUGGGAGUUGGUGCCGUUGGAGAUGCAGAUGGAGACCGGGGGACCGAGGACGAAGGUGAAUCUGGAGAUUCAGUUCGAGUUCCGGAAUCAGUUGCAUGCGGCGAUGAUGAGUGCGGUGGAGAAUCAGAUGGCGGGGGUGAUGAUUGAGGCGUUCGAGAAGAGGAUUAGAGAGUUGGAGGGUAUACGUUCAUAG